AUGAUUUCUUCCUGGCUCUUCAUAAUCCUUGCUGUUCUCGCAACUUUUGCGCCUUCGAUUUUGGCCACAGAUUAUGUUGUUGGUGACGACAAAGGGUGGACAAUUAAUUUCGAUUACCAAGCUUGGGCUCAGGGCAAGAUGCUCUUUGUUGGCGACAACCUUGUUUUUAACUAUCCAAAAGGAGUUCACAACGUGUACAAAGUGAAUGGCACUGGCUUUCAAGAAUGUUCAGCUCCAUUAGACUCUGUGCCAUUAACAAGUGGAAAGGAUGUGAUCAACCUUGCAACCUCCGGAAGAAAAUGGUACAUUUGCGGUGUUUCGCGGCAUUGUUUAGAUGCCGGCCAGAAGCUUGCUAUAACUGUGUUUCCAUCAUCCUUUGCUCCUAGCCCUAGCCCCACCUCUGAAAAGAGCGACCGGAAGUUUUCUGCUCCCAGUCCUAGUCCCACCUGGGGAUACAGCAACUAG